AAUUUUUUUAUGCUGGAGUUUUCGAUAGCGAAGUUGGACAAAAAUUUUUUCUAAUUACUUGCAUGUGAAAUGUUAUUGGAAAAUAAUAAUGGAACUGCAUCAUAUCUCGCAGAAUCAACAGUAAAAUAAUGUUUGUUCCUGAACGGUGAUUACUUUUCAAAGUUUUAUUGAGUGUCAAGUACUUUUUUUCCUACGUAGAGUGUAUUACGAUAGUGUUUAUGUUUAAAUUGACUGACGCAUACCCUUUAAAAUAAUAUUGUUAAUCGCUCAUUCCGUUGUAAAUUGGACAUUGGAGUAAACGUGAAUCGCUUGCGCUUUUAAAUUAUUUAAAUGCGAAGAAAUUAAUUUUCGACAAUAUUAUUACAAUCGGUAAACAUCAAGAUGUAUACCGAUUUCGACGAAAUGGAUAUUGAACCCAACGCGGAGCUUGCAGUUGCACCUCCGCGUGAGAAAUCGCCACCUGCUCCUACUCCUGCUCCUGUUGCUAUUGUUGCUACUCCUGUUGCUCCUGCGCCGGUUCCUGCUGCUGUGAAGGAAGAUUCACCUGCGAAGAUUGAUAAAUCCGACGAAGAAUUGCAAAGUCAACUGUUGACGAGAACAGUUCCUUUGGACGAUGGCAGUAUUGGAUACGUUUUUACUUGCACGAAAAAUGGACCGUUGGCUACAUGGAGAUGUCACGCGUGUAAUUUUGUCGAUAGCUGGAAAAAUCUCGUUAAGCAUAUUGAAAGUAAUUGGCAUGAGGAGAGUAUGUCCAAUUUCCAACAUUCCAGAUCGAAUUUUACCAAGGUCGAGAAUGCUAUUCCCGAUAUCUCGAAAGGGCAACCGUUACCACCAGGCAUGGAAGAUGACGUUAUCACCGGCCCAUGUCAGCUAUGGAAAACCUUAGAAAAAUACGAUCAGCCUUUAAUCGGACUGGAAUUCUUGUUAGAGCUGCAAAUGAUGGAACUGAAGGAACCGCGUUAUCUGUGCUUGCUAUGCGACAAACGAGGUGACCCUCGUAGUAUCUUGGUUCAUUUGACGAGUCAAAGCCAUUAUCUAAUUUAUCUGAGAAAAUAUUUCAAGUCGUUUCACGCCCUUAUCGAUAAGCUUCCGAAAUCCAACGAAUGUCGAGGUAAAGUUAGCACCGUCACCGCACAUUUGGUCGCUAAAUUAGAAGAAAAAUAUGGCAGAUUACAGCCGACCGCUAGCCGCGAGGAAAUCAUCAAUACACCCGAACAACGAACUAUCAUUUUGCAGAAAAUUGACAGCGGAAUACAUUUCGUCGAAUCGCCCGAAGAUAAAUAUUUGGAAGAAAUGUUGACGGUCGAAUAUGUACAAAAUACUACCCUGUUGCUUAAAAAUUUCCCCCUGAAGCCGAAAAUGGCCGACAAAUCAAGAACCGAAGAGAAUUCGAAAAGCAUGUUUAAUAAAGGUCGAAGAGGUCUUGCUCAAAAACAAUUGCGGAGCAGGAAAGGGCAAGAUGCUGAUAAUGAAGAACCCGAUGUGGUGUUUAUCAGCAAGAAACCUAAACAUGAUUCUAGAGGACGUGAACUGUCUCCUCGUGGACGUGAAUUAUCUCCUCGGUCAAGAUCACGUAGUUAUAGAUCAUCCAGAUCACCACCGCCUGAUUACAGACGAAGACAUAUGUCACCGUCGUACUAUCGGUCGAGUAGACAUAGAUCGAGAUCACCUAGAAGACGCUAUUCUAGAUCCCCUCAUGACAGACGUAGAUCUAGGUCGCCGGUUAGAGCGCCGCCUCCUCCCAGUAGACACGGGCGUUAUCGUGUCUCCCCUGAAAGGUACUACAAACGUACACCUUCGCCAGAUAUCAGAAGUAUUUAUGGGCCUGGUUAUCGAGGUCAUUCUCGGGGUAGAACGCCUCCUGGUUAUCGAGGUCAUUCUCGGGGUAGAUCGCCUCAUAGACCUAGAGAAAGAGAAAGAAGUCCGCAUCGUAGACCGCAUCAUAGAUCACGUUCGCCCAAACCUGCGUCACGCGCGUCCGAACAUCUGUCCAGAAGUACAAAACCACCGGUCGAUGGCAAAGAUAUAAAAGCGGUGAAUAAUAGCGCUAAAAAAAGGGAAGCGGAAAAGAAGCAGUUGGCAUUCCAAAAAGAACUGAAAGAAGUCGAGGAGAAGUUGAAUAAAGAAAUGGAACUUUAUACGGAAACACCGGAGAACCACCCGGCUUAUCAAGAAGAAUGGAAGAAAUUUUGGUGCAGCAGAUUUAAAGAGCUGCAAACGGAAGGCAAAGUCGAUCCUCAUAGUUACGAUUAUAAACCCGAAUGGAUUACUUUUUGGAACGUUCGUAUGAAGGAGUUAUUUAACGAAGAAUUGGAACGUCAGCGUGAAGAGUUGAAAACCAAGUACGGGGUAAACGAUGAAGGAAAAGUGGCUGUAUCGCCGGCGGAAUCUGAAGAAGGUACAAAUAAAACCGAAGAAGUCAAAAAACCAGUGGUCGAUAUUAAAACCAUGUGGAAGCAGCUGACCGGUUUUGAAAUAAAAGAAACGCCCGCUAAACAAAAAUCUAUUUCGCCUUGGGAAGAUGAUAACGACGACGAUGACAAUGAAAAAUCGGGCAAUAAAAACGAAAAUAACCAGAACAAUGUUAUCGAUAGCGACGCUCAACCAAUAUCGCCAGAACCGUUGAGUUCGAUCUCGGAUUCGGAAAGUAGGGGUAGAUCCAGAGGAAGAUCGUAUUCACGUUCAAGGAGUCGUUCACGUUCGCGGUCACGGAAAAGGUCGUACUCCAGAGAUCGAGAGUUACUGUUACUGAAAGACGAAUACCAUCGAAAACCUACGAAAAAGAUCCAUUUCGAAAAUCCGCUGAAUAUUAUAACUGUCCUAAGGCAGUUGUCAGUUCUGGAAUUUCAACUUGGUUCCUACACCAGUCACGUCAUCACAUUGUUAUCCAGCGGUUUAGCCAUGGAGCGAGUCAAGCCGCAAUCCUCAGUCGAUUUACUGACAAAAGAAAACGUGAUAUUUUUAGAAUUGGUCAAAGAGAAAUUGAAAGGUCAACUGUUGGCCGGAGUAGUCAACAAAUCUAUGGUCAAGGCUACUUUAUUCUGUAUAAAAAACAUCGAGGACUUAUUAGUGGUUGUACCGAAGCUUAGAAAUCUUGCUCCUCCGCCAGUUCCUGCUCCUCCACCUGGUCUUUUGUAUGGCGCUGGUGUCGAAUCGAUGGCUCCUGCAGCUCCUUCAAUCGGUUACGGCCAUCCUGCAUCUGCUGGAGGCCAUCCUCGUAUGUACCAUCCUUACGGUAUGCCACCGUAUGGUAAAAUACCCCCGCAUGCUAUGAAAAUGUACGACAGCAGAUAUAAACCUGAACGAUACCCGUUCCGUAAAGGUAGUCCGCCUAAAAGACCGGAUAGUACUGAUAGACCGACCGAAAGAGUACCGUUUAGCUCUGGUAAAGAAGAAUUCCCCUUCGCCAAUAACACACAAGAUGCGAAAAAAGAUAUUCCUUCCGCCGUCGAAGAAAUUCCUAUCGAUAAAAUUCUCAUAGCUAAACAAAUAGCCGAAGUUUUGACCGCUCAAGGUAGAACAGACGUUUCCGAAGAAGAAUUACAGUCGCUGAUCAACACAGUUGUGGAAAGCUUGAAACGUAGUGAAAAUGGCAGUGAUCCGCAAGCUUUGGCUAAAUCGCUCGAAACACUUUUCCCCAAAGAAAACAAUACUCCUGUUGAUGGUCAGGCGCCCGCAGAAGGCGAACAAUUUCCACCAUCUAAUAAUGUCGUCACCAUUCCUGAUGGAUUCAACUUGAACGAUGUACCUAGCUCGACAUUGGCUAUUUUACAAGACGCUUACGCCAAUGUAUCGUCGAUUAACGCUACUAAAACUUUUAGUAUAGAGCAGUUGCCCGAAAGCGAGGUAAUUCAACUUUUGCGUAAUUUCAAAAGUAUUCCCAGAUUCAAACAGGAGAAAUUAAUCGAGUAUUUGAGAAAAUUAGAAGAUUCAAAUCCUGAACGAGUCGAAGAAUUGAAAAAAUAUGUGAAUGUUUUAUAGAAAAGUAUUUACGAUUGAAUAAUUUUGUGUACAUUUUUUUUUCGCGUCCGAGCGAACUGUAUGAUAUUUAAGCUAUCGCCGAAGUUUUCAUGUUCCGUUUUUACUGGUUACACUGAUUUUUUUUUAAGGAUUUCUCUACUUUUUUUCAAUCAUUCGUGUCGCUAAUUUGUGUGAAGCAUUAGACUUAUUUUCAUUUAUUUAAUUUUAAUAUAAAUAUUCGAAAUCUA